UUGACUUAUGUACUUUGUUAUUGCCGCCAAAUUUUUAUGUUGGGUGAGGGUGUUGUGAUUUAUGCAAGUGUCAAUGUAAUGUGGUAAUAGCGUGGCAGUUAGUAAAUGGCGAAAAGAAUGAAUAAAACACGCUGUCUGGUCAAUUCAUGCAUUGUCUCGUCUCCAAUAGGCAAUCUGUAUGUCAGAGUCUGCAAGCAAGGAUUACAUUUUCUGUCACAAAGCGAUGAAACAGUUGGAGAUAACUUCCAACCGGAUAAAAGUCAAGAAGUAAGAAUUAUUUGUUCAGAAGAUGGAAAAUCAGCACAGGAGCAAAUUGCUUAUACUGUUAUGUGGUUGCACACAUAUUUUCACGAGAUUCAGGCUCUACCAAAUUUAGCUCUUCCAUCAAUGUGCCCUACUGUAGGAGAAGGCACAUUUAGAGGUAAAGUGUGGAAUAAACUUGCUGAAUAUGUUGGGCCUGGUUGUACAGUUUCGUAUGGAGAAUUAGCAAAAGUUUCUGGCCAUCCAGGGGCUGCCCAGGCCGUUGGAACAGCAAUGGCUACAAAUCCAUUCCAAAUAAUAGUUCCUUGUCACAGAGUUAUUCGCACCGAUGGUACAAUGGGACAAUAUGCCCGAGGCACCAGAAAUGAAGUUAAAUUGUGGCUUUUGGAGCAUGAGGGCAUAACAGGCCAUAAAAUAUCUCACAUUAAAUGCUGAAACCCGCAUAAAAAUUAGCUUUGGAGCUGCAAUCUGUCUGUUUUUUUUUAUUAUUUUUUAUUAUUAUUGUCAUAACAGAUAAAGAUGCAUAGAUUAGAGCACAUGAUCUUCAAACAUGAUUAGAGAGUUAAUGGAUUUCUGCACAUUACUUACAGAAUAUUAAAAAGAAAUUACUAUUUUCACCAUA